AUGAGUGAAGAAAAUUAUCACCACCACAUGGUCAAUGUGUCUGCACCCAUGACAAAGGGACUGAUGGUCAAGUACGGUAUCAAGAGAUGGACUCAGAUACAUAAUCAAAAGUCCACCCGCGCCUUGAUGAGCCAGUUGUUUGACCCGCAGAUGGCAAAUAUUGCAGAUUUCGAUUGUUUCAGCCAGGUUGUCUUUCGAAGCAUUGAAGACUACAAGCGUAUGAAGCAAGAUCCUUGGUAUAAAGAACACCUAGCUGGUGACCAUGAGAAUUUUGCCGAUACUAAGAGAAGCAUGAUCACCAUCGGCUGGAUUGAGGAGUACAUCAGAGACGGAGAAAUUGUAGAUGGAAUUGAGGCUUCCUAG